AUGGGGAGGAUAAAGAAGGCCGCCACAGAGCGGCAUAUGGCUACGCUCUCGCCGUUUGUCAAGGACUUCGUGAAGCGUGCUACCGAGGUCCCACUGCAUCGGCUUCCUACACUACUAGACAGCUUUCCGCAAAACUGGCCUCUGCCGAGAGGAGAUCUCUACCACUGGAUACCGGUUCUCGAUCGGUUCGACCGCAUACUCGAGCUCUUCAACAAGGAAUAUGCUCUGAAUGAGGGGCCUCAGACACAAGCAUUUGAGCGGCGACUGUUGCUCAAGGGUGAUGCCGAGGACAGUAUGCCCUAUCCUUCCGGUGGAGGGAGCGUCGAGGUGCUUGACGCAGCGGGAUACUCCAGCGAAGGAGACAGAGAGUUGGUCGAAGCGGUCUUGCACUUCUCCAGAAUCCUGCUCGAACAUUGCGGUAAUAGGAGUCUGUACUCCAGCAGCACACACAUCAACGACUUGCUUAACACGACGUCUCUGAGCCUGCUCCGGCGCAGCCUAAAGCUCAGCUUGCGCCUUGCUCAGCGUUAUCAAGUUGCUCGAUAUAAGAACCAUCACCCGAGUGCACAAGCUGUACUUCUCGCAAAUCACUACAACCUCAACUUGGACAACCUGCAUAAGAUAGCCGUGCCGUUUCCAAAGCCCUCUAUCUCUGCGCCAUCCUUGGGACAGACGCCUGGCAAGGGCAAAGAGAGAGGUAUGUCCGCUGUAGCGUUCAAUCCCUCCGAUCUCGUGGCCAUUGCAAAAGAGCAAAUUUCGCCAGAUAUACGAAGCGACUUGUCCAACGUUGCUCUCAGCUACUAUGAACAGUCUCAGUCCGUUGCUCGCCCCGGUACAGCAGCUUUACAGGCAGACGCUUCCCCCACUUCACCGUCCUUGGCUCGGAGAAGUUCCAAUUUAGGACCUUCUCGUGAUCGCCCAGCUGUUGGCGACCGAAGCGCCAGCGCUAACGACGUCUCUUCGACUCCGUUGAAGUCCCGCGAGUCAGAAGAGACGUCAACAGCGCCCAAGGUCUUUCAGAUUACUGCAGAUGAAGUGAUCGAGAGCUCGGCUACCACAUUACUGAAGCGUGCAUUGCCAAACGUGCCGAAAGACUCGCAAUACGAGCUUCUCAACAGGGUCCGAAUUGCAAAAGCGUUUGCAUCACCAGAGACGCCGGCCCAACAGCUCUUGGAGGUUAGACUGCUAGCCAUUGCCAACCUGGCAUACGCAUACAGCGAGUCGAAAUUCCAAGAAAAGAUUGGUAUUCCGGACGCAGAAGAGCCUAGAAGGUUUCACCUGGCCCAGCAACUAUGCGAUUUACUCCAGCCCGCGACCAGCGGCCAGACACCGCUGACUCUACAGUCUGAGACCACCGUUUUGAUGACCAUUGAGGCCCUCACGAAGAGUCGACACAAAGUCUCAGAGGUUGCCGAUGCCCUCGCCAUCACUGUUAACCACGGUGCACUUUAUUACGAACUCCGUAAAGUCAUCGCUUCUCUCCAUGUCGAUGAGCAUUCGAAUCCGAAAGCAGAGCUUCUCGAGUCAGAGUGGCGUGAUGCGACUUUCGACCUCGUGAACAGCCUUCAACAGACCAAUGGUGGCCAAGCCAGAUACUAUGGCGAGAAAAUGGUAGCUGCCGGGAUCAUGGCCAUCUUGAUUGAACCGCUCGGCCUUCGUACCUCUCGUGCCGAGCGUUUCCAUGAGAGAGUGUUGCAAUUCUUCGACAGCUUUGUGCACAACAUCUCGACCGGCUUCCAGUCCCUUGCGAACAUCAAGGGCCUUGAUGUAAUCGCAGAUUUGACUGCCUAUGAGGUCGAUGCAGCGCUGGAGAAUGUGCGUGCCGGCCGCGGUCUGCCAUCGGAUUACAAGUCGAAAGUUGUGGACUACUCAAUUCCGUUCUACCAACAAUCCACCCUGCGACAGCUUUUCAAGAACACUGUACACAUGUUCGAGCACAAUGCUGGCGCGCAUGAUCGGCUAUUGCGGAACCUGAUAGACACACCGCAGAUACUUGGAGCGCUGCGAAAUGUCAUUGAGAAUGCUCCAAUUUUCGGAUCCAAUGUUUGGAGCGGCGCCGUAAACAUUGUCAGCAGCUUUAUUCACAAUGAGCCGACUAGCUAUCAAGUGAUCGGGGAGGCUGGCCUUAGUAAAAGCCUGCUAGAAUCGAUCACUGGCGAGAAGGUCCCAGAUGAGCUUCCACCAUUGGAGGAAUAUGUGCCCAGUCAAGAAACAACCAGCAUCGAAGCUGCUGAGAACGGCGAACCCUCAUAUCCAGCUGUGUCUGGGAUUCUGCCUGUUGGGGAGGUUCUGUGUGACAUUCCUAACGCGUUCGGUGCCAUCUGCCUCAACGAAACCGGCAUGCAGCUAUUUCAAGCCUCUGGUGCUCUGCGUAGAUACUUCGACGUGUUUCUCUCGCCAACCCACAUACGCGCUAUGGAGGAAGAGGGGCAAACAGCAGCAACAAUCGGUCACUCUUUCGAUGAGCUUUCGAGGCAUCACCCACGACUCAAGGAUCAGAUCAUGGCUGCCGUCAUCAACAUGCUGAAGCGUCUCCGCGAGCUCUGCGCGAUUCUUGCGGCUAAGAAACACUCGGGCGCGAAGCUCUGGACAACUUUAGACAACAAACUCGUGAUCUCGGGCGGUCAAGCUGCGCUUCAAGGUGCCACUCAGAUCGGUCAUGAUCAAGCAAUGUCCGGAGCCGACCAGGCGCCACCACCCAGCCAAUCUGUCAUGGUUGAAGACGAUGGUACGGAGGACGGGCGUGAGCGGGCAACAGCAGCUCCUUAUCUCAGCGCGUGCUUCAAAUUCCUCGACGGUUUCUUUCACAACGCAAGCAUGUGCAGUUUGUUCUGCGAGGAGUCUGGCGCAGAGCUCCUUCUAGACCUCGCGGUCUCACCGAGCAUCCCAUACGACCUCGUGGCCUUUCCGUUGUUCAACAAGAGCUCGCAGGUGCUUAAGUCUAUGUGCGAAGCGAAAGCCCAUCUCGUUCUCCCGAGCGUUAUUCACCGCAUGCAACAAGCACUGAUUCCUUUGAAGUUCCUCAUGGAAAACAGGUCAGCCACGACUUCUUUCGGCAACUUCAUCAAUUUGUCAGAACAUGCAGUGUCCGCUUUGCCCGAUGGUGUUGAUGGCACAACUGUGGUGAAAAGCCUAGUCAACGUCCACUUGCUUUCCCACGUGUUGGGACGAAUACUAGCACCCCCAGCGUACUCUUUACGGCACCAUUCCCCGAACAACGCGCUUUUCUCGAGCCUCAACUUCACUGAGGUCUACAUGCAACUUGUGGAUCAACUGAGCCAGUUGCACGCGUCAUGUGUUUGGGAAGGUUUGCUCCUGAUGCAUGAUCUGCCGGAGGCCAGAAAGAUGGGGACUGAGCCUCGUCCAUUCGUCAUGCGUCGCGUAGACGCGAAUGGUGUCGUCGAAGUUGCUGGAGACCGGAAUUCCGAGACUGCUCGUGGCGAUGAUGCACCUAUCAGCAAUGAGGGGAAUAGCAGAGAGUCGGUCCUUGCACAGAAGAACCUGCGCACGAUUCGUUAUCUGCUCAGCCAGGUCCCAAUGGGUCUUGAAUCCUUCCUCCAUUCCCUGGGCCAAGCAGUGGCAACGAAGCGCAUGGACAGCAUGAAGGAGCAUGGAGCGGCCGUAUCCCGGCGACUGGCUAAGGCUCUUAUCUGGGAGCUGGACUUCCGUCGUGAUCAAAUCUCAACCGAGUCUUUGGAGACCAAAUACACUGCUUCUAUCCUUGCCCUUACUGGUCGAGUGUUAUUACGCAACUCCUAUUCUAUGGAAGCGUUUGGCACCAAAGAAGCGCUGACCUCAGUGCUCAAGGAUUUCUAUCUCGCUGGUGGAUUCUCCCGGUUGAACGAACAUCUUGCUCGCUUUGUCGAGGUCUUGGCGAAGCAACAAGAGGCUGGCGAGGUGGAAGGCCACGUGAAGGAUGGCAUUCACGCUAUUUUGAACUUCUACAGCCAAGUUGUGCGACAGAAAUGCGUACUUGAGUCGUCACAGUCGCAAUCCGGUUCGAUUGGCAACAGUCGUGACAAGAACGCUGUGGACUACUUCCAGCCAAGCCAAUUCCUUCUGGAACUUCGAGAUGCUAUCUUACCGGCUGUCAGCAAGAUAUGGCAUUCGGGAGACAUUGAGAAGAUCAAUGAUUCCGACGUGAGGCUGGUCGUGGAUAUCCUUCGAAUAGUCCUCAAAGCCGAAGGCGAGGAUAAAGCUUUCCGACGCAGUGACCACGCAACACGGCGCGUAGUCGUUGAUGAGCCCUCGUUGAAGCUGAGAAGUACAGAUGGGUUGGAGCGGUUGACGGGCGCUCUGGGCUUUGACCAAGCACUUAGUGAAGAGGCAUUUCAUCGCUGUAACGGCAAUCUCCAGUUUGCGGAAGCUUAUUGCAGGCUGCGCCUAAAAGAUUUUCAGGUGCCUCGCUUCCCGCCUCCAGAAACCUCCUCGAACCAACAGAAAGCAACCCAAGUUCCUCUUGAAUCAGCGGAGGUGCAGCAUGCAAGCGAUAUCGAAAUGAUUGGUGCUCCGAACGGAGAACGCGAGCCAGCGGGCACUGAAGAUGACAGCGAUGACAAUACAGCACCCCAUUCGGAUGACUCCGCACUGCUACGUACUCCACAGGACAGCGAACUGCCUCCGAAUGAGGGAUUUGUGGCUGCUACGGUCCAACAGACUACUCCAGACAAGAAGUCUACCAUUGCUGAUGGCCACAGCAAGCAGCCUUACGUGACAGUUGACGACCUCGAUGAGAAGCGCAUGGCCAUUCGCCGUGAUCUCAUCGACCGAUGUCUGGAGGUGCUUAGUACCCAGCCGUCUCUCACGUUCGAAUUGUCAGACCUCAUUCAAGCCGCCGUCGCAAAGGCGGGAGAGGGCACAAAUGCACGCGUAGACAUUGGGCAGACUUUGGUCUCGUCUUUGAUGUCGCUGUAUGGCGAGGAGCCAAGCAAGGAGUCUGGGCUCAAGAUUCAUGCUUAUGCACACUUGAUCGCACUCAUCAUCCAGGAUAGAGACUUUUUUGACUCUAUUCUGGAUGAACUGAAGGACUCCUUUGAGACCUUGGUCUCAUGGGUCCAACUCGAGCAGGAGCAGAAAAUUGAAGAUGCCCCAUGGAUUGAGACCAUCCUGCUCAUUAUUGAACGCGUGCUUGCCGAAGACGAGCAGCCCGUGGAAAUUCAGUGGGAGGCACCACCGCCGGACGACCCGCUCAAGCCAAUGCCUCUCCCGCCAAGACCUGACCCGAUCGUGUCAAUGGAACUACGCUCGCAGCUGUUUGAAGCACUAUUGGACAUGUUGCCUAAGAUUGGUAAGAACAAGACCUUGGCCCUGUCUGUGUCUCGCGCUCUCGUUGUGUUGACGCGAACACGCGACCUGGCGCUCCGCCUCAGCGACAAGCCAAAGAUGGGAAGGCUGUUCCUCAUGGUUAGGCAACUGGCUGGCUCUAUUGACGAGAAAGUCCAAAGCUCGUUGAUGCUUAUCUUGCGGCACAUAAUUGAAGAUGAUGAUACGAUUCGGCAAGUCAUGCGCGCUGAAAUAAGAGCACUUUUCGAAAACCAACGCUCGAACCGCGCGAUGGACACCACAAGCUACAUUCGUAGCCUCCACCAUCUUGUUCUCCGCAACCCGCAAACCUUUGUGGAAAUCACCCAGGAAAUGCUCGAGAUCACGCGUUUCGAUGGCGAGGCGCGACGCGCUCAAACGCUAGCUCUCAAGCGGGAGACAACUCCUGUCCAUGCACAGGAGAACUCCAAAGUCUCGUCAGCGGCGGGAGCGCAGAGUACCGAUGGGGACGCUUCCAAAUCGAUGGAAUCCAGACCGCCCGUUGGGGAAAGCAGUGAUGGUGUGAUCCAGUUUCUUCUGCGUGAGCUCACGAACUAUCGAGACGUUGAGGAUAAGCCUGCGCUUCCUGCAAAGGAGAAUCAAGGUGAUGGAAACACGGAGGGCUCAAACGCUGAUAUCGAAAUGCCCGACGCAACCAUCGGUGCUGUUCCUGAAGCCAGCAGCCAAGGCAAAGCUGCCUUCAAGCCCGAGGACCACGCAAUUUACGUUUACCGCUGCUUCAUUCUCCAAUGCCUGGCUGAACUUCUCCAGUGCUACAAUCGCACGAAGAUUGAAUUCAUCAACUUCUCGAGGAGCAAACCAGAGCCUCAGUCAUCAACUCCAUCCAAACCGCGAGCUGGUACACUGAGGUACCUCCUUGAGACUCUUCUGCCAGUGGGCACCCUGGAGCACCGAGACGAUGUCGCACACCGGAAGAAGGUUGCAACUUCCACCUGGGCCAACGCAGUCUUGGUCGCACUCUGCACCAAGACCCAGGAGCGACACUGGCUCAAUCUACACACAUUUGAUGCCGUUAAAUUCGCAGAGCAGGAACCGGAGCUCACAUUCGUGCGCAAGUUUGUACUCGAACACGCGCUCAAGUCCUUCAACGCUGCUAUGUCCGGUCCAAGCUCAUUGGACGAGCGGUACUCCCGCCUCCUUGCUCUUGGCGAGUUGUUCAAUCGGAUACUUAACGACAAAGUGGAUCUUCACCGGUCCAGCGUUGUCGCUGCGGGUGCCUAUGCCGCACAACAGCAGAUUGGCCGGCUUAUGUAUGAGAGAGGUUUCAUUGGCACUCUGACGUCCGCAAUUGCCGAUCUGGAUUUGAACUUUCCAAACGCCAAGCGAACCGUCAAGUACAUCUUGAACCCACUCAAGCAACUCACUGAGCUAGGCGUACAUAUUAGUCAGUCUUCUGAUUCAUCCACGGAGCCGGGUGGCAGCACCGAGGAGGAGGAAAUUUCGUCGGCAACCUCGGAGGACGAGGACGAAGAUGAGCGUGAACAGACUCCGGAUAUGUAUCGUGGCUCUUCUCUCGGCAUCUUUGAAACAGCGGGUAACGAUGACGACGAGUCGGAAUCAGAAUCCGAGGACGAAGACGAGGAUGAGGAAAUGUACGAAGAAACAUAUGACGAAGACAUGGAUUACGACGAAGAGCCGGCCGCUGAACACGGCGACGUGGUCAGUGACGAGGACGACGACGAAAUGGACGACAUGGGUGAGAUUGAAGGCGUUCCCGGCGACAUUGAGAUGCAGCUGGACAUCGUGGACGAUGAUGACGACGAUGAGGACGAGGAUGGAGACGACAUGUCAGAGGACGACGAUGAUGAGGAUGACGACUCCGGUGCCGACGCUGAAUUCGCAGACCAAAUGGACGAGAUCACCGGAGAUGAUGACAACGCGAGCAUGGGCGAGCACGACGAAGGCGAUUGGGAAGAUGACUUCAACGAACAUGGAAUCCCGCAUGACGGUGGCUCACCGCAUGGUGGCCCUCUUGAUCAUAUUGCUCAUGUUCUUGGAGCAGAAGACCCUUCAGAAUCUGGCGAUCAAGAUGGCGUAGUGCGCAUUGAUAUGGGAGGCGAAGAGGAGUUCUUCGAGGAUGAAAUGCUUCCCGAGGACGACGAGGAUGAAGAUGAGAUUGACUACGGCGAGGACAUGAUUUACGAGCCAGAGAUGGAAGACGACGAAGACGAGGAAGAGGAUGGUGGAUGGGCAUGGAAUGCGCAUCCUGUGGGAGUAGGUGCACCUGCCAUUCUGCGUGGUGGCCAUGUCCAUCACCACCACCAUCACCAUCAUCGAGCAUUUCCAGAGAUGUUCAGUAUGAUGGCUGGCGAGGGCAUUCGUCCUACAGGAGCCCCAUUCCGCUCUCAUCGCGCGACUCCCAACACUCGGGACGAGGACGGGAUCAAUCCACUGCUUCAGCGUGACGGCGGUGCUGCCAAUGCUCAGCGUGAGCGUGACAGCAUAGAAGUGUCUGCACGACAAGGACCACGCCGGGCCUUCCUGCCACGUCAUGGCGACGCCAUACUUCAAGACAUUGUCGCUGCAGUUGGUCCUCCUGGAAGCGGAGGCGUUGUCAACAUCAACGUCGACCCUGCCGCAAUGCCUGGGCUCUCAGCGCUCCCACCAAUGUUUGCAGUUCAACAAGGUCAAGGCGGCGCUCACGCCAUGAUCGACUUGGAUCCUAGGCGACCUUGGCGUGAGCAGCUUUCCAUGGGACGGUGGCCAGAUAUCCUGCCUGGCGGCAGACUCAAUGAACGCACUUCCAACAAUCAUGGGGAGGCCCAGGCUGUCGAGUUUCGUGCCGCCACAACCUCAAAUCGCUGGCAAGAAGAGGCUCGCAUGUUGUUUCCUGGCAGCAAAGCGCACGAGAAGGCGACUCGUGUCGUCAACAUGCUGCUUCGCGCUCUGGUACCUGCUGCAAUGGAGGCCAAGCGAAUACGCGAGAAGGAAGAGGCCGAGCGUCGAGCCGCGGAGGAGAAAGCCGCCGAACAAGCUCGCCAGAAGGCUGAGGCCGAGAAAGCCGAGCGCGAAGCGCAAGAGAAGAAGGAACGUGAAGAGCGUGAGGCUAAGGAACGCGAAGAAGCUGAAGCUCGUGCAAUGGAGGAAGCCGAGCAGGCCGCAGCACAAUCCGCACAGGCCGACUCUAACACCCGAGCACAUUCCGGCAUGGAGGGUGUACAACAUGACGGGCAACCUUCUAGCUCGGAGGAAGAACCCGCAACAGAAGCGCCUCAGGGAGAGACUGUGGCUGGCGAGCGUGUGACCAUCUCGAUACGAGGCCGCGAGCUCGACAUUACCAGCCUAGGCAUCGAUCGGGAAUAUAUCGAAGCUUUGCCAGAAGACAUGAGGGAAGAGGUGAUUAUGGCUCAGUUUGCCGAACAACGCUCUCAACAGGUGGAGUCUGGUGAAGGCCCGAGCGAAAUUAGCCGAGAGUUCCUCGAAGCUCUGCCACGCGAAAUUCAACAAGAGCUCUUGCGCUCGGAGCAAAUGGAGCGCCGUCGCCGCGAACGUGAAGAGACCCGUCGGCGCGCAACGCAAGAGGGUGCUGCAGCGCAGCCCGAGGAGAUGAACAACGCUGAUUUCAUGGCGAUGCUCGACCCUAACCUCCGCCGCGCCAUCUUGAUGGACGCGGACGACUCGGUGCUAUCUGCACUUCCAGAAGAGGUUCAAGCGGAAGCUCGCGCUCUAUUCGGCGAUCGCCGACCCCGUGGUGAUGCAGCUGCCCGUGUUGGACGCGGCCUUGAGACUGCUGGAGCGCGCGCUGGCCCGCGCAUACUCAAUGGGCAGCUGGGCGCGCGGCACGGAUCAAAUGCUGACUAUGAGGCUCGAGAAGUCAGCAGACAACGCCGACCGGUUGCUCAGAUGCUCGAUAAGGCCGGAGUCGCAACUCUCCUCCGCCUCAUGUUUGUCUCACUGAAUCACAAAGCAAAGAACAAUCUGCAUGGCAUUUUGUCGGACGUGUGCAAAAACACCCAGAACCGAGCCGAGGUCAUAAGCAUCCUACUUGCUAUCCUCCAAGACGGCACGUCCGACGUGAACGCUGUGGAGCGGAGCUUUGCUCAGUUGUCACUGAGAGCAAAGACACCACCUAGCACAACACCAAGAACUCCACAGCCGCCAAAGCGUGCUUUGGCAGCACCCAGCACGGAGCUGUCGCCACUGAACAUUGUUCAACAAUGCCUCGGCACGCUGAAUGCUCUGUCCAACGACAACCAACGCGUGAAUUCCUUCUUCCUCAGCGAGCAUGAGACAAGUAUCAGCCAAAAGGCCAAAUCUGGCAAGAAGGGGAAAGGUCCAGAGAGCAAGGCUGUCAAAUUUCCUCUCAACGCCCUGCUCACUUUACUCGACCGCAAAUUGAUUACGGAGAACACCUCGGUCAUGGAGACGUUGGCAUCUUUGUUGAGCACGGUGACACGCCCUCUGACUAUGCUUCUUCGCCGUGCGAAAGAAGCGCAGGGCGAUAUCGAGAAGGAAAACUCUGACAAAGGCCUUACCGUCGAUGAACAGCCUCAGACAAAUGCCCCUGACGUUCCCAUGGAGGAAGCUGGAUCAAUUGCAGAGCAACCUCCUGCGGCUGCGGAAUCGUCAGGUAAUGCAACCGAUGCCGUUUCUGGCGAAGCUGCGGGCGAAGACAAGGCAACACGAGAUGUUGGAGACAAGAAGAAGCACCAUCGUGAUCUCGUACCGCCAGAGGUUCCAGACGAGAAUAUCCGAUUGGUAGUGAACAUUCUGGCGGCUCGUGAGUGCCCGAGCAAGACGUUCAGCGACACUCUGGACAUCAUCAAGAACAUGUCCGCCAUCCCUGGCGCCAAAGAAGUCUUUGGAAAGGAAUUGAUUCGUCAGGCACAGGAGCUCGGCCAAGCACUACUAGAGGAUCUUGACGACCUUGCAAAGCACAUCAGUGCCGCGCAGACGGGCACUGAUGUUCAAGGCAUGGCUCUUGCGAGCUUUUCAUCGGCCGGCGCGAAGCAGCGGAGACUUUUACGAGUUUUGGUAGCACUCGACCAUUUGUUCGACCCGAAGCGCAUGCCGCAAGCACAGGUGUCGGAUCCGAAAGCUUCAGGCUCAGACAUCGAUCAGCAGCUCAAGGAGGAGAUAUUGGCCACGCUUUACGAAAGCACGACCUUCGACAAGCUUUGGCAUAGCCUCAGCACAUGCUUGACCGCGAUUCGCCAGCGCGGUAAUAUGGUCAAUGUUGCGACGAUCCUGCUUCCACUCAUCGAAUCUCUUAUGGUUGUAUGUCGCAACAGCACCUUGAAGGAUACAGCAGCAGAGUCCGCUGGCACGCCACCGCCUCCAGAGGCACGCAUGGAGACUUUGUUCUUCAACUUCACAGAAGAGCACCGCAAAAUCCUCAACGAGCUGGUUCGCAACAAUCCGAAAUUGAUGAAUGGCAAUCUGUCCGUCAUGGCCAAGAACUCCAAAGUCCUCGAGUUCGACAACAAGCGAAAUUACUUCAGCCGCCAGUUGCAUGAUCGUCGUGCUGAGGUCCGUGUUCCUCAUCCUUCUCUACAGCUCAGCGUACGCCGCGACAAUGUGUUCCUCGACUCCUUCAAGUCCCUGUACUUCAAGACUCCGGACGAGAUCAAAUACGGCAAGCUGAACAUCCGAUUCCACGGCGAAGAGGGUAUUGACGCCGGAGGAGUGUCUCGCGAAUGGUUUGCAGCCAUGGCACGCCAGAUGUUCAACCCCGACUACGCCCUCUUCAACCCUGUCGCCUCCGAUAGGACGACUUUCCACCCAAAUAGUCUCAGCCAAGUCAACCCCGAACACCUGAUGUUCUUCAAGUUCAUCGGACGCAUCAUCGGAAAGGCGCUAUAUGAGAAUCGGGUGUUGGAUUGCCAUUUCAGCAGAGCCGUAUACCGGAAGAUACUCGGAAAAUCGGUCUCUCUCAAAGACAUGGAGACGCUGGAUCUCGAUUAUUACAAGUCGCUGGUCUGGAUGCUCGAGAACGACAUAACCGAUGUUGCAUUUGAGACCUUCUCCUUUGAGGUCGACAAGUUCGGCGUAACCGAGACUAUUGAUCUCAUGCCAGGCGGGCGCGACAUCGCAGUCACGGAAGACAACAAGCACGAAUAUGUUCGUCUUGUUGUGGAAUACAAGCUUAUCAAGUCCGUCCAGGAACAGCUCGACCAUUUCCUCGAGGGAUUUCACGAGAUCAUCCCCUCUCACUUGAUAUCAAUCUUCAACGAGCAAGAGCUUGAGCUUCUCAUUUCAGGCCUCCCGGAGAUCGACGUGGACGACUGGAAGAACAACACCGAGUAUCACAACUAUCAGCCUACUUCUGCGCAGAUUCAGUGGUUCUGGCGGGCGGUCCGCAGCUUCGACAAGGAAGAGAAAGCCAAGCUACUCCAGUUUGUCACCGGAACCAGCAAGGUCCCUCUCAACGGCUUUAAGGAGCUGGAGGGUAUGAAUGGACACGCCAAGUUUAACAUCCAUCGUGACUACAGCAGCAAGGAGAAGCUGCCGUCUAGUCACACCUGCUUCAAUCGUAAGUUACUUCCCCCUUCAACGUGUGACUUUGCGGAGACGCAUGCUAACCUCAACCGCAGAGCUUGACCUUCCGGAAUAUGAGAGCUACGAGCACCUGAGACAACAGAUGUACACUGCCAUCACUGCGGGAAGCGAAUACUUUGGGUUCGCUUAA